AUGUCACAUCAUGGUAUACCUAUUGAGAUGAGAACCGAUAAUGGUAGACAGUUUGACAGCUAUGAAUUUAGAAAAUUUGCGAAGAGAUAUGGGUUUAAAUGGACAAGUAGCAGUCCUGAAUACCAACAAGCUAAUGGUCAGGCCGAAAGCGCAGUCAAACUAAUAAAAAAAAUACUUAAGACGAACGAUGACAUAUCAUUGCGCGACCCACUCCCAAGAAUCGAGGCUAAAUUAAAACCUAAGCUACCAAAUCAUGCCAUCAUUAGACAAAAACUAAAAACAGAAAAGGAAGAACAAAAGAGAAAUUAUGACAAACGUCAUCGAGUUCGAGAAAAUACAAACCUCGAACCAGGUGAUCGAGUAUGGAUAAUAAAUAAGAAGCGGUAUGGCAUAAUAAAAGAAAUAGCCAACGAACCAAGAUCAUAUAUUGUACAAACGGAAAAAGAAGAUUUAAGAAGAAAUAGAAAACAUCUCCAAAAACUACCACAAAUCAGUGAACAGACCCCGGAUGUUCCGAGAGAACAUCAAUAUUUAGAAGAGGCCGAAACCAGGACACAGAUAGAUGAACCACGGAGAAGCGAACGCGAAAGAAGAGUUCCAUUAAAGUUAAUAGACUUUGUUAAAUAA